CCAAGUGUAAUAUUCACAAAUUAGAUAAAACUCAGUGUUUGAUUCAACAGCUAAAAGACUAGUAAUUCGCAGUAAAGUUAGCUAACGGCUUCUCAGUUGCAUUUGUGCUCUUACUUACAACGGUUCACUCAGCGUAAAAUAAAUGUGUAUGCUCAAAAAGUGCAACAAAUUGUGUUAAAGCGAUCAAUAAUUCUACAGGGCGGAAGCAAAGCGCUCUAAGUGUGGUAUAUGUGUUCACAAUAAAUAAUUAUUAACGUUUUUGACAGCAAGAAGACCACAAGCAACGACAUGCUCCUACAGAGAAACAAAUUAGGCAGCGUACGCCCACCGAAGCGUUGCAGAAGCGACAUGGACAAUAUCUCCACAUCGGACAUUGUCAUCAUCAAUGGCAACUCGCAUCCGGAUCUGGCCAAUUCGGUGGCCGAGCGCAUGGGUCUCAAGAACGGCGGCUGCUCGGUGUUUCACAAAUCGAAUCGCGAGACCAUCGUUGAGAUAAGCGACUCGGUGCGCGGCAAAGAUAUUUACAUUAUACAAACAGGCACCAAGGAUGCCAACAACAAUAUCAUGGAGCUGCUAAUUAUGGCCUAUGCCUGCAAGACAUCCUCGGCUCGCUCUAUUGUCGGUGUCAUACCCUAUUUGCCGUACUCGAAACAGUGCAAGAUGCGCAAACGCGGCUGCAUUGUGUCCAAGCUGCUGGCCAAAAUGAUGUGCACCUCAGGACUCACGCACAUCAUAACCAUGGAUCUGCAUCAGAAGGAAAUUCAAGGCUUUUUCGAUAUACCCGUUGAUAAUUUGCGCGCCUCGCCCUUUUUGCUGCAGUACAUACAGGAGAGCAUACCCGACUACCGCAACUCGGUGAUUGUGGCACGCAAUCCGGGUGUUGCCAAAAAGGCUAAUUCGUAUGCGGAACGGUUGCGCCUCGGCUUGGCUGUCAUACACGGCGAACAGAAGGAGGCUGAGAGCGAUGAAGUCGACGGCAGAUACUCGCCACCGCCCACCAGAAACUCUACUCCACAACAUGCACCCAGUAGUAGCCGCCAGCGCACCACCUCCGUAUCGGUGGGUGUGCCGGAGCAUCCGGUCAAAGUCAAGCCGCCGCUCACAAUUGUGGGCGAUGUGAACGGACGCAUUGCCAUUAUGGUGGACGAUUUGAUCGAUGAUGUGCAAGCGUUUGUGGCCGCCGCCGAAAUGCUAAAGGAUAAUGGUGCCUGCAAAAUCUACGUGCUGGCCACGCACGGUCUGCUCAGCUCGGAUGCGCCGCGUCUGCUGGAGGAGUCGGUCAUAGAUGAGAUUGUUGUCACCAAUACCAUUCCACAUGAGGUACAGAAGUUGCAAUGCAACAAGAUAAAGACUAUUGAUAUAUCGAUACUGAUCGCGGAGGCCAUACGUCGCAUACACAACAAGGAGUCAAUGUCGUAUCUGUUUCGUAAUGUCACGCUAGAGGAUUAAGGAUGCGUCUGCUCGCACCUACAUGCACACUCAUCCACACACUCUCACACACAUCACUCAUGUACUGUGUCAUAAAUGGUCACUAGCCAGUGUAGUAGCUUCAUGGAAGUUGCAUCUUCUUUAUAUUGUUUGUUUACCCCGCCCUACCCCGCUUUAAUUUUAUUAAAUAUAAACGAUUAUAAACCGCGCUCUACGUGCGGCUGCUCAAAUAAAACGAAAUAUGCUUUAAAAUUGGCCAAUUCUUAAACAUAUAUUGUAAUUUAUAUGCAAAUAAAAUUUGAAUUUUAAUUUAUAAA